GACAAGCACGUCGUCAAGCUCAGUUGGAGGCUUGUCCCCGAACGCGGGGUGCUGGUGACCGCGACACUCGUUGACUCGAAGCACAAGAACAGGAACUCACAAACCUACAGAGUGGCUGCGCGAAGAACACCGAAGAGGCGGUCAGCGAAAAGGCCAAGGAGCUGACUGACAAGGUCCUCAAGAACAAGCGCGAGCAGUGGCAAAAGGCGCAGCAGCGGUCUGGUGGUGGCAGCAGCAGCGGAAGCGUUAGGAGGACAGCAGAUAGCGCCGUCGCCGACCCUGUUAUCAUGGCUUUGCGGGGUGUCGGGAGAACCCGAUCCAGGGUGGUGACAAUUCAGCCAGCUGAGCCGACGGCGCCGGUCGACUGGCGCCAGCAGUCUACGGAAACGUUUCUCGCGUCCAUGGACAGCAUUGGGUAUGACAACGCGUUGAAACACUUGGAAAAAAUCGGCUCGACGUUUGCGAAGGACACCCAUAAACGCUUGCGAGGGUUGGAAGAUAAGGUCAGCACAGCAGCCUCGUUGGAGCGAGCAAUCGGCCAGACGCGAAAGCAACGUAGAACCAAGGAGGGAAGCCGCACGUUGCAAACGAUCCUCAACGCUGCAGCCUUUCCUGUGGACGGCGUAGACGAGGUUCCAUCGUUGUCGGCAGCACGUAGGGCAAAGGCGCUGGGAAUUCGCCAGCACGCCUUCAACUCCGCGGUGGAGCGUGCCAAGAAUUCGCUGUCCGAUCUUGAUCCAACCGAGGCGAUAAAACGCGGUGUCUACUGGUUUUGGCCCCGAGCUAAGCAAAGCAAUGCCGCCAGCGAAGAGCUGCUGGAGUUGAUGAGGCAGUACUGGCACACGGAUGAGCCGGGCGGGGGNGGUGCAGUAGCGAGCAGAUGGAAGGGUAAGGGGGCUGGAUUACAGGAUCCGGUGCCGGGGGAGGAAGACGUGACUUGCAGAAAGGUGAAACGGACGUACAGGCUCAGGACUCGGCUGGCGUCGUGCUUCUGCUCGGCGUGCCAGCGUUGCGAGUAUGAGCAGUGCUACGUCAGCAAGACGUACCCACGUCUCGUUCCCGCAUUGCAGGAGGGCGAAGUGAAGGAAACGGUGAUCACGGACACUGGAGUAGCGCCCCUAGACGAAGAUAACUCCCGGGGGAUCCAGUUCGGGAGUAGGAGGAAGGAAUGCAAGAUGAAGAGAAUUACUGGGACACAAUUGCAAGAAUGCGAAUCUGCUGCUGCGUCAAAGAUUUGGGAAGAGCGUGGUAGGAAGGAAGAGCCCAAUAUUUUUGCCCGUUUCGGGCGGUGGGCUGGUUUUUAAGUGUGCUUCUUGUAUUUGCUUCUGGAGCAGUAGGUGGGGUUCAACGCCCAUUUGAGGUACAACUUGGGGGU